AUGUUUGUGGUACCUUAUGAUGCCUGUCACGUCAAGCAAGAAGAGGUAAAGUAGCUCUCCCCUGCUAAAAAGUAACUCAAUGGCCAUAGUCACACUCCAUUCUCCAAACUUGUCAGACUGGCAGGUUAAAACUGUUCUGUGACUGUCAUUCUGUCAACAUAAAAGCUUUUAAAAUUGUUAAUCACACACCAUUAUUCACUCCUUUCCUGUGGCCUGCGGUGCUGCUGACAGGAUGGUAGUUAUGUGUUGCCUCUGGUCUGGAGAGGGACCCCUGUGAAGAUGUCCUGCCCAGUGUCCCAGGCUCAGGCCCUGGCCCCCUCCUCCCUCUGCUGCUCGUCUCAGGGAAUGACUGUCAGAUUGCAAGGACAUGGAGCCAAAGAGGAGCUCAGAGUCAAGGGUAAGUGUGGAGUUACAUUGUAUAAUGUAUCACAAUUGUACAUAGCCUGCACACUAUGGCUGCUGAACAGACAGAUUUAGAGGCAUAAUUUGGACUGAAUCCAAUGUUUCUAUAACUAUAUUUCUGCUGCUAUCAUGAGUUUGCGGGGUUACUGUCAGGUCUGUAUGUGAGAUGUGUUGGUUUCCCCCUGCAGUGAGAGGUGGAUGGAUGCCACUGCUUUCGCUGGCCCUGCAGUGUGGCUACAUUAUGGACAGGCAACAUGGAGAGCUGCUCAUAUCUGCACCCUUCACUGCCUGUGGGAUCACAUCAAAGGUGAGCCAUGGCACUCAUAUUGCAUGUGGGAUGGAAGUUAUGACUCAGGGCUACUUGACUGUCCUUUUUGCUUUUACAUGGAAUUUGCGGAACCAAUUUCUUUGCUUAAGAAUGUAGCAUUUUACACUGAGUGAACAAAACAUUAGGAACACCGGCUCUUUCCAUGAGACUGACCAGGUGAAUCUAGGUGAAAGCUAUGAUCCCUUAUUGAUGUCACUUAUUAAAUCCGCUUCAAUCAGUGUAGAUAAAGGGGAGGAGAUGGGUGAAAUAUAGAUUUUUAAGCCUUGAGACAUGGAUUUUGUAUGUGUGCCAUUCAGAGGGUUGAAUGGGCACGACAAAAUAUUUAAGUGCCUUUGAACGGGGUAUGGUAGUAGGUGCCAGGUGCACCGGUUUGUGUCAAGAACUGCAACGCUGCUUGGUUUUUCAUGCUCAAGUUUCCCGUGUGUAUCAAGAAUGUCCACCACCCAAAGGACAUCCAGCCAACUUGACACAACUGUUGGAAGCAUUGGAGUCAACAUGGGACAGCAUCCCUGUGGAAUGCUUUCGACACCUUAUAGUCAUGCCCCAACGAAUUGAGGCUGUUCUGAGGGCAAAAGGGGUUGCAACUCAAUAUUAGGAAGGUGUUCUUAAUAUGUUGUACACUCAGUGACAUGAUCAUUUCCCCACCUAACUUAAAUAAUGUCAAUUUUCUUCCAGGAUGGAAAAUACAUUCUCUCUCUUCAAAUAGGAGAGAACGCAAUCACACUGGCCUGUCCUUCUGCUCUACCUGACCAAGUAAUACAACCCCUCCGACCUGCAGUAGAUUUCCUCCAUUAUGCAACUAAGGGCCCAACAAACUCAGUUUCCACAACCCUGCUGUCAAACCCUACUUCCAUAACCAUGUCUAACCCGGUGCCUCACCCAUUCUUCCCAUUCAAUCCCCAGCCCACAUUGCCCCCUGAUCAUCCUCACCAGCCUCCCAGCCCUGGUAGCCAUGUUACUUCUCGCUCAACUACAGGCCCCUCUGACCAUCCUCCCCUGGCCCCGCGUCUUCAGGCCUACCCAUUCUAUCAGUAUUACCACCUCCACACGAUGCCCCUCAGUGAGUCAUACCAGUCACCCCUCUCCUCUAGUCCCCCCUCUCAACUCCCAACUACAGGACCCUCAGGAGAUCCCACUGAGUCGAAGCCAUGCCACACUCCCACAACUCCUGUCCCAAGCCACCCCAACUACUAUGACCCCCAUGUUACUCAGUAUUCUUCCACUAUAGCUGGUCAUCCAGUUCACUCUGAAGCCCCCACUCUCCAAACCCCUGCGUAUACUCUCCACCCAUACUACCACAACUACCAUCACCCCAAAAUCCCUAUCCUUGAGCCACCUCAAGGGCCCAGUCCUGGUGCCAAGACGGGUACUUCCACCAAUGGUCCUCAGGUUGAACCACCUGCCCCUCACACCCCUAACCCAAUCUUCCCUGUGUUUCCACACUACUACCUCUACCACCCCAAAGUGCCUCCCUAUAACCCACCCCAACUCCCUCAGCCUGUUACCCCUGCCUCUCACUCCUCUACUCUCCCUGUUAGCAGUUCACAAACACUCCGUAUACUUCCUGCUUCUGAUAUGCCUCACCUUCCACCCUAUCCUCACUACUACACCCCACAAACACCUGGUGAAGUCAAGAGAUCCCAUCACCCUGAUGAUGACCCUUUUAUUCAUCUUCAAACUUUGAAACCUAACUCAUCUCCCACCUUAACAGAGCUCCCAUUCUACCAAUACACUCUUAAUUUUCCCUACAAGCCUACACCGAACCAGAAACAUAGAAAUGGUCUCCAGACCAACAAUCCCUCUAGACCCAUGGACGAACAUCCUCCAGUUGUCCCAUCUCCCCCUUUGUCUCCUCCUGAUCAAAGUGGAAAGUCACACCCUCAUGGUCACCUGAAAUGGCCUCCACAACAACAACCCUCCAAUUCACACACAGUUACUAGUUCCACAGUUCAGAGCCGGUCUACUAGUUCUACCUCUGUUGCCCAUGCUGCAACCCAACCUCUUCUCUUUCCAAACUUCCCCCCGUUGUACUACCCUCAUCUCAAAUCACCCAUCAGCAACCCUCAACAAGAACCAAACCCUGUUACUCUCCUUCCCACUGCUCUGCCUGCACCCUCGUCAACCCCUACUCCAGCAUCUACCCCUGGCCCUCCAGUUUACCCACACUACUACUAUCACCCCUACUAUUACUACUCAAUACCUUAUGAUCCAUACAGAUUACCCCAACCUGUCGAUCAUGCAUCUUCUGCCCCAUCUAAAGGAGCUCAGACUCCUCCAUCUCAGACCUCUGCUCCUCACACUAUGGAAACUUCUCACCAACCAGCCCUCCCAUAUGACUACGCCCAGGCCAAAAUGCCUAUCCAGAUUACUCCUCCUGCUACUAACAGUCUUCAAACCCCCACUCCAACCCCAGAAUCUACAACUCCUGAAAUCCCACCUUUUCCCUUUGACCCUUACUACUACUACUUCUACUACCAUCCUGGAAUGUCCAUCUACGACCAGGACCAAAGCUAUGAACCCAGUACACACGCCGAAAAGACAUCAGGAGCUCAAGCUCCCAUAGAUUCUGACCAUUAUAGAAGAGGCAGCUUUGCCCAUACUCAUGUGGAGAGUCCAACCCAUGCACCCCAUCCUACCACCAACCCCAUUCAUAACCCCUCACACCAUCAUAUCAUUCAUCCACAACCUUCAACCAUUCCUUCCCCUCAUCGUCCCCACACAGGGCCCACUGGAAAUAUGUCAGACACCUUGAUGAAAGGUAAGUCGUCAUCUUGAAUAUUUCUACUGUGUGAACUGCACCACUAUUGAAAGGCUAUUUGGUUGUCUAAUAUCAGUGCAUGCUCUAUAAAGAGCCACAUGAGGGCACUCCACCUCUACUAGGUGAUCCUGGGGACUGCUAUGUCAUUUGUUUCACUUCAGCAUCAAAUAUCCACAUUUCUUUGUAAGAAGUUCUUUAAAAAAGUGGAGGUUUGUCACACCAGUACCAUUUCCCUUUUCUCCAUACAGACCCUGGUUUCAAGGCAGAUACACACACACCCUGUGGCUUGUCCCACCAUGACUGUGCGGGCUUCUUAGGUUGCUGCUCUUACCCUGUGAAUGGUUAGUCUCUCGAUCUCAAGCUACUGGUCUUGUCGUUGCUAUGGAGAGGCCAUAACAGUUGGCUAUUUGGUGUUUCGCCGACAUCAAAACACUUCCCAGGGGAAUGUCUGAGAUGGGAGGAAUGGAAAUGGUCUUCCAGUGUGUCCAAGGCCAAUGGCACAUGCUUGGUAUUUUGGGAAUGUCAGUUUUCGAACUGCUCUGCUACUCUUUAGUUUCCACAAUGUGCUGAUUUGUGUCUUAGGUCCUCAGGGUGUGUGUGUCAUCCCUCAGAGUGUACAUCGGGGCGUCAAUUUGUCUUUGCGGUCCCUGGCUCUCUGGUGGACCCCACGGUCACCCCUCUGCCUGCGGACAGUCACGUGUCCUGCACCCCCCAGAGGAUCACCUCUGACCUGUACAGUGUGCCCCUGGAUGGCUGUGGAGUGCACAGAUACGUAAGUUACUGUAGACUUGCUACUCCACCUCCUUUAUAAAACUGUUCAACUCAUUAUCUGUGUAUGCUUAUUUUGUAUGAUAUAGUUUGAUGCUCCUUCUUUUGACCUGUUGCACAUGUCUGUUUGGUUAGGAGGCUGGUCAGGCCGUGGUCCACUUAUUGGAGUUCAACGCUCUACUUUCCACACAACAUGAACACAGCACCACAUUUGAAGACUCACCUGUCAGGUAAAGCCAUUACUACGAGAACAAAUGGUUCAAGUCCCUAGCAAAUGUAUUCCCAAAAGUUACCAUCUGACUGCAAAUGCUGUCAAACCAUGAUUAACAUGAUAUCCUUUAGUACAGAUGGGAUGAGAUUACAAGUCAGUGUAGAAUUAGUGUAACAUGAGCUUGUCUUGUGUGUAGGUUGAUGGUGGCGUGCAGGUCUUCUCCUGGUUCUCCAGGGAGGGUGAGGUACCAUGUGAUGAGCACCACCCCUACCCCCCCUGUCCCCACUCAGGGCUCAUUGGCUGUCCGUCUACGAAUCGCUACAGGUAGGACUGUAGAAGUAAUGAAAAAUUCAGGAGUAGCAGCAGUCAUAAUAGAGCUAUGUAGGACUCUGCGGAGUGAGUUUUAUCAUACUGUAUCUGUCAACUAACCACUUUAACAUCCCCAUGUUUACCUCUGCCUGUAGAUGAGCACUACAGCAGCUUCUACCCAGAGAAACAUCGACCAAUCAGUCUACUUCAGGGGCAACCUCUGCACCUGGAGGUGGGUCUGCUGAGCCCCCCAGACCUGGACCCUGGCCUGGUUCUCCUGGUGCACUACUGUCUGGCCUACUCAGACACACCACUGGCCCGCUGGCUGCUCAUCUAUGAUGGGUAGGUUGUUCCAACUAUAUAGUUUGUUUGUUUAUAUGCAACAGCAGAGAAAGCACUGCAUAGAUGCAUGAAUCUCUACACCACGUGAAUGAUGUGACAGUGAAAUUGCUGAUUAGAUUGAAAUAUGGAUAUUCUUUAGGUUUUUCCACAGCACCUGCUGCUCAGCUCCACUAAAUAACUGUCCCGUAUAGUGAACAGGCAGUUAUUUUGUCUGAACCUCCACGUUGUCUUCUCGUUUUUCAGCUGUCCCAGCCGUGGUGACUCCCAGGCCCCUCCCCCACCACCUGCCCAACCCCGUCACACCCGGAGGCUCACAAUCACCACCUUCCAGUCUUUACCCACAGGAAGUCCCUCCCACCUGGAGGACCAGGAGGUCAGUCUCAGCCAAUGGUGUCAUAUUAUAGACUCAGCAUUUGAUACAGUACUGUGUGGUCAGUGCAUUUGAAUGUGUUCUCCUGUCCUCAUCCACAACAGAUCUACUUCAUGUGCUCCACGGAGGUGUGCUCCCCAGCAGACGGGGACUGUAUUGAGGGCUGCUUCAGAGGUGAGUUGAAUUAACACUCCUACAAUGGUUUGGACAAUUUUGAACACAAGGUGGGAGUAUAAACCAUUAAUUUCUUGAAGUUACUCAAAUGUACUGUAUUAAUACUGUAGUGCUCAAAUGUACUUGUUUCUUACAGUAUUCAACAUGACACUCAAAUGUAUUUGCGGUCUUUGUUACAUUAACUGUUAUUCAUUUGUAGGACCAAAGCUGGACGACUGA